UUUCUAUAUUCUUGAUAUAUGUUUAUUUUGUAGCGUCUGUCUGGUGCAGGAUACUGCUUCUCUGCCUCACUGCCUCCUCUUCUUGCAUCUGCUGGCACUGAAGCCCUGAAUGUCAUGGAUAAACAUCCAGGUUCGUCAUAGACAUGCUCCAAAUUUCUCUGAUCCACUAUAGUUCUCGCCCUCCCUCGCUACGUCGUCAUAUCAUUCGCACAAUCACUAGUGGAUCAGAGAAAUAAGGCCUUCAACAUGUCUAGGUCACUUGAAACAUUCGGAAAAUUCGCGCGCAUUUCACAUGAAAAUGUUAAAUUAACAUUGUUUCCAGCUUUCCCGCCCCUUCUCUCUGACAAGUAAAAUCUCUCGAUUGAGAGGGGGGUAAAAAUCGUGUAGUGUUAGAGUAAAAUCUUCUGGCGUUGGGCAGUCGAUCCUGAAAGGUACUUCUGCUGUCAAAACAUCGGAAUCCUAUAUUAGAUUGCUCUCCUUUUUGAUGUAGUGUAUUGUAAUGUAUGUUGAUAUAAGAUUAAUGUCUUUAGAGAUGUUUGAAGCACUUCGUGACAACGCCUUGCUCUUUCACAAGGAGUUAAAAGGGUAAGUUAUGAUACAUAAUAUGAAUGCCAGCAUGGUUACCUUUGUUAUAUCCUAUGCUUGCAUUUUCAUAAAGCCCCGCAAGGCAUAUUUUAUCAUAUAUACUGGAGGCCAUUUAGCCCUGCAGGCCCAACUAGUUACUAGCUCAUACUGGGCCCUAACCAUACCAUGAGUAACCAAAAUCUUACUCUGGGGAACCGCACCGGGCCCUUAUCUUGCCCCCCCCCCCACUGUAAAACGCACCGGGCCCUAAUCUUGCCCCCCCCCCCCACUGUAAAAGUUUAUAAUAUGCACGAAGGCCCGUUUACACUUGCAAUUUUUGCUGCGAUUUUAGUUGCGAUUUUCUUCUUCUGAUGUAUGUGAACGAGUGGCUGAGUUAUGAAUGCUCAGAUGAGGGUAUAUAUUGCCCAGAACGUCACUACUCAUUCACGUGCUUCAGAAGAAAAUCGCACUUGAAAUCGCAGCAAAAAUUGCAAGUGAAACGGACUUUGACAGAGGGUAGCAAGUGAUGUGAUUAUAAAGCAAAAGGUAUUUUAAUAAACUAUAAGUUUUUGUGACCUCAACGAGGAUAUACUGUAUCAUAGAUAUGGGAUAUAUAUAUGUGUUAACUGAUUACUGUACAUCAAUUGAUAAUCGUUUCAUAGAAUCAGGGGAUUGAAAGUAAUUGGUAAUGAAAUAUCUCCAAUCAUUCAUUUACGUCUUGAAACAUCUCGAGGAUCUAUUGAUGAAGAUGAAGAAAUAUUUGAACAGAUUGUCACUGCAGUAAGUUUUAACAUUCAAAUUUUAAUCUUAUAAAUUUUUAAAUUUUAGCGAAACAAUUUAUUUUCAUCGUUUAAGGUUUUGGGGAAAGAUAUUGCGAUUGCUGUGGCAAGGUACUUGAAAGGGGAUGAAGCUUUUCUACCUGCACCAAGGUAUGCCUUCUUAAUUAUACUGCAACGUUUUACAUAAUGCUCUAUGUUAUAUAUUUCAGUUAAAAUCAGCGGUGAUACAGUACUUACAGUAUAUCUAAUUACUAAUACUUGCUAUUUCAGUAUCCGUAUUACUGUGAAUUCCAAGUUAACUAAAGGAGAAAUUUUGGAAUCAGCUAGAACAAUACGGGACGUCGCAGAGAGGAUUUUGGACUAAACGAUAUUGUAAACUGUAUAAUCUCAUAUAAGCACUAUGACCCAUCAUAACCUACGGCUACGGCAUUUCUUUGUUAAUUCAAUUGCAAAGUCAGGAACUAUUGAGAACAAUACAGAGGCGACAUGGAGAUGAUUUUGGAUUAAAAUCAACGUAAACUGAACAUAUAUAAUCUUACAAUAAACCAGUGGUGAUGAAGCUAGCCAUAGCAACAACAGGUCAUGCUAUGCAAAUUUUUUAAUGAUUUGCAUUUUUCAAACAUUUAGAAAUAUGUAGUCUUUAACCUACUCAGAUACUGGUUUAUUAGCAUAGCAUGACCAGUUGGCAAGGGUAUAGCCCAUAGAUAUCUUAUAUAGACUAGAUAGCGCAUCUCGUUUAGUAAAAUUGAAGCCAAGAAUAUUCCAGCGGUUACCCCCAUUUGAAUAGAUGGCGGUCAUGUUGGUGUUUCCCACUCGCUAAUAAACGCUUAAAAAACAACAAUAACUUUCAUCAUUUGAAUAGUUUAAAAAUGUAUUUGGAAUAAGUUUAUUUACCUUUAAUAUUUAAGUUCCGUGUUUAAGAAAUAGAAAACAUACGAAUCUUCUCAUUUCAUGGGAAUAUCCUGAGUCUGCAAUCACGGCUUCAAUUUUUGAAUUGUAGAAUAAUUAGAUGCACUAUCUAGUGUAUGUGUAAUAUAUCUAGGGUAUAGCCUCGCCACUGCAAUAGACAUGAUUUUAAUGUAGCUUAACGUAUAGGAUCGACUUGAAUCUAUUGCAAAUUGUCUAAAGAAAACAAUAUAUGACAAUGCGCCAGGGAACCUGGACCAAAAGCCAAUAUAACCGGAAUAAUUCUUAUACAAGCUACGGUACUCGUUACUGCUGUUUGCAAGCUACCAUUAGACAUUUUCUCCAUGCAUGUUUCUUGUUGAAAAAAUAGCACGCCUAAUUAGUCCUUAAUCUGCUUAAAAAUAAUAGGGCGGUAUGGAUUUAUAACAACACGAGAGGAAGCCUAUUUACUGGGUGGUGUUUUAAUUCGAUAAGAGGGUGUACCUGUGGUGAUUAAUUAAAAGAAAUUCUGGAACCUGAUAGAGCAAUGCGUGUAUAGUCACAAAAAAUAAACUAAAUGAACAUUUUAUUUAGGCUUGUGGUGUACUGUUCCUGUGUUCCAUAAAGAGAGUGGUGUUUUAUCUAACGCGUAAAAGGUAGACACCCCCCUCGCCUCCCAU